AUGUCUAACGGCGUUUAUGCCGCUCUGCCUACCACUACUCGAGGCCAGCCUACCCCUCUAUCAGCGGACUCAAAGGGCGAAAGAAUAGCGUACGCCUCCAACAAGUCCAUCUUCCUCCGUUCCAUAGACAACCCAGCUGUUUCUACUCAAUACACCCAACAUAAUGCUGCUACAUCCGUUGCCCGGUUCUCUCCUUCUGGCUACUACGUUGCGUCUGGGGAUGCUUCAGGCAUCGUAAGAGUCUGGGAUAGUUCUCCCAACGGCUCAGGAGUCACAAAGGGCGAAUAUGCCAUUAUUUCCGGUCGAAUCAAUGAUAUAGCUUGGGAUGGUGACAGUCAGCGCAUAAUAGCUGUGGGCGACGGGAAACAACGCUACGGCCAUUGCGUGACAGCGGACUCCGGCAACACUGUUGGCGAGAUCAGCGGUCAUUCGGCACAGGUCAAUGCGGUCAGUAUACGACAGCAGCGGCCCUUGAGAGCAGCUACGGCAGGUGAUGACAAGAAUCUGGUCUUUUAUCAUGGAGCGCCGUUCAAAUUCAAUGGCAUCCCUGGACGAGGAAACCAUACCAACUUCGUCUACGGUGUUGCCUUCUCUCCAGAUGGAAAUCAUCUACUUAGUGUGGGAGGCGACAAGAAAGUCUUCCUCUACGACGGGAAGACUGGUGAAAUCAAGACCGAAAUCGUCGACUCUGGAGAUGGCCAUACUGGAAGUAUCUUCGGGGUCUCAUGGUCCAAAGAUUCCAAGAGCUUCGUCACAUCAUCUGCUGACCGAACUGUCAAGACGUGGGAUGUUGAGGCUGGCAAAGUUACCCAUACAUGGAAGUUUGGCGACACUGUAAAUGUCUCUGAUCAGCAGGUCGGUGUGGUUUGGCCUGCGGGUAGAUCAGACGGUCUGAUUAUUUCUCUCUCCCUGAGUGGCGACCUGAAUUACCUCAACACAAACUCUAGUCAGCCAACCAAGGUCAUUUCAGGCCAUCAGAAGAAUAUUACCGCUUUAGCCACGUCAGGAGAAGGUGCCGCUGCAACGCUGUGGACCGGAAGCGCCGAGGGCAGGAUAGUAUCUUGGAACGCCUCGAAUGGCGCAGCAGAGGCCGUCGAAGGCGCAGGUCAUAGCAACAUCGUCUCAGGGGUAGCAGUGUCGACCUCUGAAUCUCACCCGCAAGUUUAUACAGUUGGCUGGGACGAUACCCUCCGAACCGUGGAUGCUGGCGCGAAGACUUUCACGGGCAAACCUACCUCACUCUCGUCACAACCUAAAGCAAUCACAACAGUCGACGGCCUGGUAGUAGUUGCGCAGGUUGAAAGCGUGUUAGUCUACCGAGAUGGCGAAGAAGAUGGUGAACUACCCCUGAAAUCAACGCCUACGUCUCUUGCCUCAUCCGGCAGCACUGUGGCAAUCGGCUCGCAAGACUCCAGCCUCCGCCUCUUCUCCGUCGUGCCAGGAAAAGCACCUAAACAAACCGCCGCCAUUGACGCCGUCUCUGCCUCCCCACUAACAGCCAUAUCCUUCUCUCGCGACGGAACGCUCCUCGCUACUGGCACGGCAGCUGGCAAAAUCUACGUCUACAAAGUAGGUGGUGGCGGACUUACAGGCCUCGUGACAGGGGCAGCAUCUCUGGAGCUAGUUACGGACCGCUGGAGUGCACAUACUGGCAAGAUUACGGGCAUUGCAUGGAAUCCAGAGGGCACGGGCGCGGUGUCGACGUCUUUGGAUACGAAUAUCUUUGUCUGGAGUCUCAAGGAGCCCGGUAAGCGAGUCAAGGAGACAAAUGCGCAUAAGGAGGGUGUCAAUGGUGUGGUUUGGGUGGGAGACACGGUGUACAGUACGGGGGCGGAUGCAGCGGUGAAGCGCUGGAAGGUCAAGAUUGCUUAA